CGCGGCGCUGCGCAAGUGGCCGAGGACGGCCAGGAGCACCGCGGCGGGCAUUGCAGUAGUGGCGCUGUCACACGGGAGCGCGUGGAGGAGGCGCUGUUGGCAAUGCAGGACGCGGCGGCGCUGCGCGCAAAACCUUCGGCGUCGGAGGCCAAGCGGCUACUGGCUGCCAAAGGAACCGAGGGAAAUAUGCUGGCUAGACGAGCUGGCGAUUUUUCCAAAGCGCGCAACGUGGGGUGUCGCCCCGCUGUUGGCUUCUAUUCCGGCAUCACCAUGGUGCUCGACGGGGGCCCAGUCGUUGAUGCCGCAGGGGGCGCUGCGGUGGCGAGGCCCAUGAAGUCGCAGUCGCAGGAGGCCGUCUUCGAGCAGCUGGAGGACGCGCGCUCGGAGUUUGCAGCGGCGUGCGAGCGGGCGUGCAUGGUCGAGGCUAAGGCGGCGCGCCUGGGCAAAGAUCUCGCGGAACCCCAUGAUGACAUCGACUUGAUGCAGAGGGAGUUCGUCGACACCAAAGUGAUUGCCAACACCAAGGUGACGGCGACGGACGCCGACCUCGCAAUGAACGACGGCCUCUUCAGGAAGAUCAGGGAGCCGAGCGCGGAGCUGCAGACGGCGCUCGAGGCCGAGCGCGCGAAGGUGAAGCAGCAGGCGGCUGGAGCUGAUCUGGCAACGCUGCUCGCACAGGAUACCACGGCGGCUCCAGGAUACGAGGUCCGAGGCGAACGCGGCCCCGAGCAGUGGAGGCAAGGGCGAGCGGCGCCGCAGGUAGUUCCCGAGGUGUUGCGAGAUUCUCUUGAGGCUCCCAGAGUUGCCUCGGGGGUGUCUUCGAAGUGUAAGUGGUCUGUGGGUGCUGCUAUAGUGGCGGCCCGCGUGGACGACGUCUUUUGCGCGACGCACUUGCGCGGCCAUGUGCGCAGCCCGGCGCGCGCGCCAGUAUCCGGAUGUAGUCCGUGCUCCACGUUUGUGGGCAUCGAGGACCGCCCGCUGUUCAACGUGCGUUUGGGUAUCUGCGCCGCAGCAGAGGUCGCAAUCCUUUGCGUGACAAGCGAGU